AUGGGCACCGCAAUAGAGACAACACAAGGCCGCGAUGCCGACGCUGAUGCUGGGAACAAGAGGCAUCCCACAGCACUGCUGUCCUCUGCUUACUCGUAUGCUCAGGGCUCUUUCAACUCCCUGAUUUCGCCCUCUUCUCGCCAACGCGCAUACGACGCGGCAUAUUCCUUUGCCUCCAAGCAACCCAUACUCUUCACCUUCACAGCUUUCCAGGUCCUCUUUUCCCUGCUACCCCUUCUGCUAUUCUUCUCCUUUGCACUGUCAACCAUUCUCCUCGCCCUCUCCGCCGCCUUUGCCUUUGCGUUUUUCUGGAUCGGCAUCGCGUGUCUUUUCUUGAUCCCGACUCUAUUCAUCACGGCAUCUCUCGCAAUAUUGUGCUGGGGAACUUCAGUUGGGAGCUUUGUUGUUGCUAGAAGAUUGUUCCACUAUGCGCCAACAACAGCCGUUCAACAUGCCAGGGAUGGCACACAAUCACCGAAAAGUGAGGACACUCUGGUUGGAGCCGAAGUGGUGGUGCCAAAUGGGGUGGAGGUCAAGAAGGAGGAUCGAUUUGAGGAGGCCAAGAGUGCAGAGUGA